UAUCUAAGUAUCUAAGUAUCUAAGUAUCUAAGUAUCUAAGUAUCUCAGUUUCUCAGUUUCAAGCUACUUUGAAUCUUGUAUAUUACAGAUUAUCUGAAGAUUCUAAGUCGAGUUCAGGAAAAUGCAGAUCUUUGUCAAAACCCUCACAGGCAAGACCAUCACCCUCGAGGUUGAGCCAAGUGACACCAUUGAGAAUGUCAAAGCCAAGAUCCAGGACAAAGAAGGCAUUCCUCCUGACCAGCAGAGGCUGAUCUUUGCCGGCAAACAGCUGGAAGAUGGUCGCACCCUGUCCGACUACAAUAUCCAGAAAGAGUCCACACUUCACCUGGUGCUGCGUCUCAGGGGCGGUAUGCAGAUCUUCGUCAAAACCCUCACAGGCAAGACCAUCACCCUCGAGGUUGAGCCAAGCGACACCAUUGAAAACGUCAAGGCCAAGAUCCAGGACAAAGAAGGCAUUCCCCCUGACCAGCAGAGGCUGAUCUUUGCCGGCAAACAGCUGGAAGACGGUCGCACCCUGUCCGACUACAAUAUCCAGAAAGAGUCCACACUUCACCUGGUGCUGCGUCUCAGGGGCGGUAUGCAGAUCUUCGUCAAAACCCUCACAGGCAAGACCAUCACUCUCGAGGUUGAGCCAAGCGACACCAUUGAAAAUGUCAAAGCCAAGAUCCAGGACAAAGAAGGCAUUCCUCCUGACCAGCAGAGGCUGAUCUUUGCUGGCAAACAGCUGGAAGAUGGUCGCACCCUGUCCGACUACAACAUCCAGAAAGAGUCCACACUUCACCUGGUGCUGCGUCUCAGAGGCGGUAUGCAGAUCUUCGUCAAAACCCUCACAGGCAAGACCAUCACCCUUGAGGUUGAGCCAAGCGACACCAUUGAAAACGUCAAAGCCAAGAUCCAGGACAAAGAAGGCAUUCCUCCUGACCAGCAGAGGCUGAUCUUUGCCGGCAAACAGCUGGAAGAUGGUCGCACCCUGUCCGACUACAACAUCCAGAAAGAGUCCACACUUCACCUGGUGCUGCGUCUCAGGGGCGGUAUGCAGAUCUUCGUCAAAACCCUCACAGGCAAGACCAUCACUCUCGAGGUUGAGCCAAGCGACACCAUUGAAAACGUCAAGGCCAAGAUCCAGGACAAAGAAGGCAUUCCUCCUGACCAGCAGAGGCUGAUCUUUGCCGGCAAACAGCUGGAAGACGGUCGCACCCUUUCCGACUACAACAUCCAGAAAGAAUCCACACUUCACCUGGUGCUGCGUCUCAGGGGCGGUAUGCAGAUCUUCGUCAAGACCCUCACAGGCAAGACCAUCACUCUCGAGGUUGAGCCAAGCGACACCAUUGAAAACGUCAAAGCCAAGAUCCAGGACAAAGAAGGCAUUCCUCCUGACCAGCAGAGGCUGAUCUUUGCCGGCAAACAGCUGGAAGAUGGUCGCACCCUGUCCGACUACAACAUCCAGAAAGAGUCCACACUUCACCUGGUGCUGCGUCUCAGGGGCGGUAUGCAGAUCUUCGUCAAAACCCUCACAGGCAAGACCAUCACUCUCGAGGUUGAGCCAAGCGACACCAUUGAAAACGUCAAAGCCAAGAUCCAGGACAAAGAAGGCAUUCCUCCUGACCAGCAGAGGCUGAUCUUUGCCGGCAAACAGCUGGAAGAUGGUCGCACCCUGUCCGACUACAAUAUCCAGAAAGAGUCCACACUUCACCUGGUGCUGCGUCUCAGAGGCGGUAUGCAGAUCUUCGUCAAAACCCUCACAGGCAAGACCAUCACCCUUGAGGUUGAGCCAAGCGACACCAUUGAAAACGUCAAAGCCAAGAUCCAGGACAAAGAAGGCAUUCCUCCUGACCAGCAGAGGCUGAUCUUUGCCGGCAAACAGCUGGAAGAUGGUCGCACCCUGUCCGACUACAAUAUCCAGAAAGAGUCCACACUUCACCUGGUGCUGCGUCUCAGAGGCGGUAUGCAGAUCUUCGUCAAAACCCUCACAGGCAAGACCAUCACCCUUGAGGUUGAGCCAAGCGACACCAUUGAAAACGUCAAAGCCAAGAUCCAGGACAAAGAAGGCAUUCCUCCUGACCAGCAGAGGCUGAUCUUUGCCGGCAAACAGCUGGAAGAUGGUCGCACCCUGUCCGACUACAAUAUCCAGAAAGAGUCCACACUUCACCUGGUGCUGCGUCUCAGAGGCGGUAUGCAGAUCUUCGUCAAAACCCUCACAGGCAAGACCAUCACCCUUGAGGUUGAGCCAAGCGACACCAUUGAAAACGUCAAAGCCAAGAUCCAGGACAAAGAAGGCAUUCCCCCUGACCAGCAGAGGCUGAUCUUUGCCGGCAAACAGCUGGAAGAUGGUCGCACCCUGUCCGACUACAAUAUCCAGAAAGAGUCCACACUUCACCUGGUGCUGCGUCUCAGGGGCGGGCAGUAAAAGUCCUGUCCUUCAUGCCUACAGCCAGUCCUAUUCCAGUUCUUUAAGACUUUUUCCCCCCCAACACCCCCUUUUUAAGUUACUUUUCCUGUUUAUUAUUCUAAAAUGAAAAAUAAAGCAUAGUAAAACAUUUAUUUGUAUUUUCAUGUUUAUUAAAAUGUUCAUGUAAGUGGCAAGAGUUAAAUUUAAGUUACAUGUAUGAUCAAAGUUAAUAAAUGUAUGAUGGGUUAA